AGUAUUAGUGGACGCAUCAUGGCCGACCCGUUGAGGAGACUGACCAACACGUCCUCUUUCAACCUCCUGCAGGACAAGCUGGAGAGCUGGCACAGGGACUACCAUACUAUUUCUUGCGAGCAGAAUUUAAAUCGAUGUUGUGAGCUGAUCGAGCUUUCCGCAAAGAUCCAGAGUCAGCUGUUCACCAUCCUCAACCUCGUGGCUGCUGAAGGUGGACAAUAUGCUGGGGUGGACACUCUCAAAACGCGCCUGCUGCCGUGGCUCGGCACCUGUUUCUCCAUGGCGAGGCCCUCGCUCGCCGACGACAGCAGCCUGCAGCUCAUCCAGGACUCGGUGGACAAGGACCGGAGGAUCAGGGAGCUCUCCGUCCACCACGUCACCGACAAGCAGGAGCUCUGCUCCACCCGCCUGCAGCUGGACUCCACCCGAGCAGAGCUGGUGGAUGCUCAGGUGGAACUGGAUCAGACAAAGAGCCAAUCAGCGACCACUCUGCUGGCCACCGAGGAGGAAAUAUUACAACUGAGAGCAGACUUGCGUUCUGCACACGAGCAGCUGGACGUCUACAGGAGGAAGAUGAAGAACGCUGACGAUGACGAGCGGCAGAUCCAACUCCUGAGAGACGAGGUGUCCUACCUGAGCACGGAGAAGACCCAGCUGCAGGAGAGACUCAGUUCCUCCCCCAGGUGGGCGACCCGCUCCUCGACCCCCCCGCUGAGGCUCACCCGCUCCUCCAGCCCCUCGAGGAGCGGGUCGCCCACCAGAGCUCAGCUCACCAACUCGUCCCGCCACACGCGCCUCGUGUCCCGCUUCAGCAACCUGCACGCCGUGGAGCGCCUGGAGGCCCAGACCACGCUGCGACGCCACGUUGGCGACUUGGAGAUGGUGCAGAAGAUCAUCUUCAUCGCUGUGGAGGAAUCCUUUAAGGCGUCAAAACUGGCUUACCGCCACUUCAAGCUGCGAGUGAGGAAGACGUUGAGCCCGUCCCGCUUUGGGUUGGAGAGUGCGGAGGGUGCAGCCGUGGACUACAUCGUGAGGAACAUGGACCUCCACGACAUCCAGGCCAGCAUCAACGAAGUGAUCGGCGCCAUGAACGUGAACCCUCGGAUCUCUUUCCCACCGGAGGCGGACUUUGUCCUCAUCAGCACCCUGAUCCGGGAGACGUGCAGGGUGGCGUUCGCCAUGCAGACGCUGGACCCGCCGCCCGACUUGGCCUUCGCCAGUGACGGGGAGCUCUACGACGACAGGAAGUAUCGCCGCAGCUACGACUCCGAGUUGUCGGCUCCUCUGGUGAUGUACCACGUGUGGCCGGCUCUGGUGGAAGGAGACGCUGUGUUGGUGAAGGGCGAAGCUGUGACCAGACGGGGCGCUGUGUGGAGCCGGAGUCGGAGUAGCAGCCCGCUUCGCUCUCGCUCUCUCAGCCCGACUCGCACUCUUGCAUUUAGCAGCAGGAGAAGUCUGUCUCCCGGACGGCUCUCGGCGAGCCGCCUGUGA